AUCCCACUCCCAUGGCACAGUAAGAAGUAAGCAGGACGUAGGUAACAGCUGUUUCGUGCAACUAAUUUUGUGAAGGGUUCACCAAAAUUAAACAAUUAAUUAGGUAAAGAGUUUCUUCGUUUCUAAAUUCCAUUCAAUAUUAAAGUCAGCGUGUGGACGUAACGGUGUCCUCAAGUGAGUUACGAAAUAAAAUUUGAAAAUUAUCGAUUUUACACGCUCAAGUCUGCUUAGUGGUACUGUUUGAUAUUGUGUUUGUUAUAUCCCUAAAGCUUUACUACUUAGUACAUAUAUAUAUGAGCUCCUGUUAAAUAAAAAUAAUCUAUAACAGUUAGUAUUUGCUUUCAUUACGUGAAAGCAAAAAGGAUAGAGCAAAUACGGCUACUGAGGCAUCACUAUAAGGCUUAUACAUUGCUGAUUUACUUCGUACUCCAGUGGGAACAUUUAAAAGAUGGCUGGAGGUGGCGACCCUAAAUGGCCGAAGGAGGCGGCAGACCAGAACUUCGACUACAUGUUCAAGUUGCUCAUCAUUGGAAAUAGUUCCGUUGGAAAAACAAGUUUUUUAUUUCGCUACGCGGAUGACUCUUUCACCUCAGCGUUUGUGUCUACUGUAGGCAUUGACUUCAAGGUUAAAACUGUCUUCCGCCACGACAAACGUGUAAAACUACAGAUAUGGGACACGGCGGGUCAGGAACGCUACCGCACAAUUACAACUGCAUACUACCGUGGAGCUAUGGGCUUUAUCCUCAUGUAUGACAUCACCAACGAGGAGAGUUUCAACAGCGUUCAAGACUGGGUCACGCAGAUCGAAACCUACUCAUGGGAUAAUGCUCAAGUGAUUCUGGUGGGUAACAAAUGUGAUAUGGAAGAAGAGCGUGUGAUCAGCCAGGAGCGUGGUCGGCAGCUUGCGGAACAGCUGGGCGUUCAGUUCUAUGAGACCAGUGCUAAGGAGAAUAUUAAUGUUAAGACUGUAUUCGAGCGACUCGUCGAUAUCAUUUGCGAUAAGAUGUCAGAAAGUCUAGAUUCCGAGCCGGCCAUGGUAGCUGGCGGUGCCCGCGGCCAGAAGCUUACCGAACAGCCUCAAGGAAACAGCAACCCUAAUUGCAAUUGUUAAUUACAUUGAAAAAUAACUUAUUCCUGCCUUGAAAAUACUGGAAUUGACAGAGUAUUAUUUCUAAUUCAAUUGAACGUAUUAAAACAAACCGGUGUGACGUCACAGAAGUGCAGAAUUUUCAGUGAUUUUUAUUUAUCCAGUAUCUUCAAGGUUUAUUUUUAUAAAACUGUUUCUUUUUUAUCCGUAGUUCCUAGUAAUGAGUAUUUCUACAUAAUUGAACCAUUCUUUGAUAAUAAAUUAAUUUAAAUCUUGCGUACUUUACGUGAUUCGUGUUUACAUAAAGAAUAUGAGAAGGAGAAAACAUAGUUUGUUAAAGGUUGAGAAACAAUAAUGGAAAAUUAUGUAUUAGCCUAGGUGUUAAGUAGCCUCUAUAUAUUUCGAGCUGGAGUAGGGAUCUGACUCUUCUGUAGUUGUUAUUAUAUUAUCUUUUAUGAUAACUAAAAGUUUUCAAUGUAUUCAAAGUUUGCGCAAGCUGUGAAAUAUAUUAACCGCAGUGAUUGCUUUUAAUGUUAUUGUAUUUAGUUUAAAUUGGUUAAUUAUUGAGGUUUACAACGAGAUAAUUGUAGGCUAAAUGAUGAAUAGGUACUGAAUUGAUUUUGCGCAAAGAAAGAAUCAUGAAUAUGCAUGUGCAAUAGGUGAAGGAGACUUGUGGAAAUCGGACCAAAGUCAAAUUCAUUUACUUUCUCACUAUGUUUUUUAAAGGCGCAAAAUAUUUUUAGAAAUAAUUUAUAAUCUAUGUGUGCAUUUAAAUGGACUUAUAAAGCGAUGCAUUCUUUUAUUUUACUUGCUUUACAAAUUAAUUCGUUGCUUUUAAAUUUUAUCGACAUACUGCCUAAAAACUUUUUGCAUUUUGAACGAAGAAAAAAUGGGCAAUUCAUCAUUUCCAAGUCCCUAGUUCAUGUUUCAUAUAAUAAUUAUACGGUGUAAAUAUGUUCUCAGUGUAUAAAAAUGUAAUUGUAUAGUAUUAUAUCUACGUACUAAAAUAUGUUUGUAUUCUUGUUACCUGUGCUAUGUAAAGCUCUGUGGAGUUAUAUAGGCUUUAUUGGAUCGCAGUCGUAUUAUCAUAUAAUGUGACGUAACUAUGUAUGACGUUUAAACUGCUAAUUAACUUACAUCUCACGAGUUCGGGUGUAUUUUAAUGUGUUUUAAAGCACAUUUAUUAUUGCUAUUAUUAGACUUAUCUGUAGAAGACAUAGACAAUACAAUAUAUAUCAAAUUCUGUUAAAUCUCUGCACAUAAAUUUUAGUGUAAUGAUUAAGUGUAAUAUUAGUUCAUCGUCGUAUUUCAUACAUAUUUAAUUUUAGGAUAUUUACCUAUUUGUGUUUAGAACGUUGAUCAAUCAAUGCUUUUAGAAUGUAAUUAUAACAUAGAUGUUUGUACCUUUCCACACUUGUUGUUCAUGUCAUAACUUUAUUUAAAAAAAAAUAUUUCUAUUAUGAUCGGCUCUAUGACUUUAUUUAUAUUUAUAAAUAAGUACAGAUUAUAAUGUGUGACAGACUAUUGAUGAAAAAAGUAUGUCAAUUUUUAUGUAUUCAAUUACGUUGUAACGAAUGGAAUAUUUGUACUGUACCAUGAAAAUGGUUGGAAGCUUUUCUCAACAUAAUGACAGCCGCAGACCAGUAUAUAUUCUGAGAAUUUACAACUAUUAAAAAACUUACAUAGAUAUAUGAUAUAUUUGACAUGUUAUAAUAUGCCUGAGUUCCAAAAUAAUGAACAAAUAAUGAACAUGUAAAGCAACAAAUGUCAGUUGAAACUGAAUUUGAAUAAUUUCAUAGAACAUAGUUUGAAAUAUAUUUAUUAAAUAUUAUUUUAACCUUACGUAGGGAAAAUUUUAGGGUUGGAGAGUUGUUAAUUGGAAAGUGUUCUAAGAAUUCGUAGUAUGUGUGAUUCUAUGAGGGGUGUAUUGGCAUAUCGUAGUGGAAAAUUUAGCAAAUGUCCUUUAUUGAAAUAAAUACCUAUGUUAUUUAUGUAGAGAGGUAUUAUAAAUCAUUGGUUAAAUAUUUGUUUUAGAUCUACAUGUACUUAAAUUGUUUGAUUCAAAAAUUAUAAAACUUGUCAUAUUGAAGAUUAUUCAAAGGAGGAUAUCUUUGAUUUUUAUUAAAAUACGAAAACUGUAUUGCAAAUAUAACAUUUAGUAAUGGAUACAUUUCGAAAUAAUCUGUCUCAUCCACAAGCAAGUAUUGCUUCUUGUACUUAAUAAUUAUAAAUGUUACAUAAUAUUAAUAGUCGUAUUCUUUGUUUCCUAAGUGUAUAAUUUGAAAUAAAAGCUUUGAAACGGGAAGCAUCAAAAAAAUUAAUCAAUUAGAUGUAUUUAAUAAAUAAAUGUUAUUAUAUUUGUUGUGCGUUAAUAAAGGAAUUAUUUAAAGAGAUACACAUGUGUAAAAGGUUUAUGGAUAAUAAACGUAUACAAAC